UAGAUUUUAUGAAGGAAUGCCAAUCUCUGGAGAAUCAGUCAUGCCUUCGCAACGUUUUCAAUAAUUUGCGUUCUGUCUCAGGUGUUCGAGUUAUCUUCUGUGAAACAUAUUUACAUGCUUCGGUCAUUUCUUUAGAGCUUUUGGAGAAAAUUACGGAUUGAAGUUCUCGCCUUCAAAAGAAAAGUGUUUCUAUUUCGCGCCAGUGAAGAUGAGUUUGAAAUGUCAUCAGUGCGUGCUGCGAGCUUUUACCUUCAACUGUUUUUGUGCCAAAGAAGGGAAGACAUGUUAAAGAAAAGUUGCGCGAGUAAUAUAACUUUGGUUUUUAUUUUUUGACACGUGUGGGCAAAGAGUAUCUACUUGGCCUAUCUAGUGUCAGACAGAGAGAAUAUUACGGUGUCAGACGACUGGAUUGGGGCAAGACCAGUGAUCUCUACUACAGAGCUCACUGGACAGGACAGAAAAGCGAGACCAGACCAAAGAAAUUAGAAAAGUAACUAGUACGCGAAACUUGUGACCGUAAAGAGACAUCUAUUUAAAUCACUAUUACAAUUACAGUACCUUGAGUAUAGGACUGAUUCGAUGGAAACUGGCGGGCUGAAUCGUAAGUAUACGGAAGGAAGCUACAAGUGGCAGGCUUCGUGAAUCCCCACCCCCACCAUGGCCUAGAUAUUUUGGAAAAUUGUGGACAGCGAGUUUAAUGUGGUCAUAGAGUGUAAACGUCUAAACACGGAUUUCACAGCGAUGUUUUCUGUGUACUGGAUUGCUUUGUCAAAUGUUCUCUACGCUUCUCAUGUGAACUUGUUUUUUCAUUUCAAUUGACGUGUAUUGUGAACAUCAAGAUAUUGUAUGAUUUUUAUAAGAGUUAAAAAUGCAUAUGUACUAGUUAUUCGUAUUAUCAAUCGUAAAUAUAUAAGAGAGAUACUUGAAGUGCAUGAGAAAACACCGAACAAUUACUUCCUGAGUCCUUGACUUCAAGUUUCGAUGCAUUCAAGGCAUGUCAAUGGUAUUACGUCGAAAUGUUUCACGAUUCGUUGUUUAAGAAGAGAAAUUGUGAACUUAGUUACUGGGAAUGACGACGCUGUGUGUUGUGAAUGCCAGAAAUUAAGCUAAAUCGGGGAUUUAGUCCUUUGACGCCAUAAGUAUCGGCAUUUGUUUAUAUACAAUCGAAAUGAACGUACAUGAACUGUGUUUUGUGUCUGCCAAGGAAAUGGAUGUUUCUAAUUGUGAAAGUGAAGAGGAGGAACUUCCUAGACCUGAAACUGUAACAGUAAUACAAGAUGAAUUUGCCGAAGAUACUGAUCCCUUUGUAUCACAUAACUCAGAUCCACUAAGUGUUGAUCCAUUGUCUUUGGAGCGUAGUAUUGAACCUCCUCGUCAGCCUAUUAAGGAAGAGCAGGGAGAUAUUUCGGAGGUAUGUGUCAAGAUUGAACUUUCUGAUACUGAGGAUGAGAUUUCCAAUGUUUCAAUUUGUCACAUGCCUGAAGAUGAUGGCUAUCGCAGUGGCAAUGAUGAGGAUGUUUUACACAAAAAUCAGCCAAAGAGCAAUCGCAUAAAUAAUGCUCAGACAAAUAUUAAUGAAUCAGUUGCAAAUAAAUUAAAUGAAAAAUUAGGUGAGGUAGAAAAUGCCAAUGUUAAGAAAGGAGCUUCAGCUCAAGAAGGGAACUCAAAGACGAGAAGAUCACAAGGUAAUGGAGUUUCAGAAAUACAAGCUAAUGUUUGCUCUAACAUUGACCUAUGUUACCCAGAAGUUGGGAGUGGAAUUUUGGACCGAUCCUGUGGUUCAGAAGUGGAAGUUUCUCAGAAUCAGCAAAAAAGAACAACAAAAGAAAAUAAUGUUAAUGGACCAAAGGAAACUACUUGCCUGGAGAGAGAUAACUCAAAUACUUUGGGUAGUCCAUUUGCAGAAACCAGACAAGCUCUUGCUGGGAAUUCCUUCAAAACCUCUGUUAAUUUUUCCAAACAUAAAGAACCGAAGGAAAGAAUUGAAGAAACUGAAAAAUUGUUGCCUCUUUGCAACAUUGAAAGAAAAUUAAAAGUUGUGCUUACUAGAUGUAAAGAAGCAGAAAUGCUUGCGUCUUCCAUGAAAUUAGCUGGACAGCGUUUGAGUGAGAGGAAACAUAAUAAUGAUGUACCAGCCAUUAAUCUUAGUCCAACUAGAGGGAAUGAAAUUAAUUCUGUGAAAGGCUCCAGAGUACAUGAGAUGCCAGAGAAGAAAAUCUCAAUAUUGAAAAUUGGGAGGAAUAGAGAUGCUAAUGGCUGGAGGGUAAUGUCGGCUGGGGAAAAAGUUUCCAGUAAACUUCGAACGAAAAGUGCAAAAGUUCAGAAAACAGUAGCAAGUCAAGAUCUUGAAAAUGCAUUGGUGCCUGGAGAUGAAUCUGCAUCUUCAGUUAGCAGAGAUAAGACAAUAAGCGGUAAAGAAGUGCAAGAUUUCUCGGAAAGAAGAGAUGAGUUGGGAGAACACCAAACUGCUGAUGGAACUGGUGGUUCUGUGAGAAAAUUUCUAUUAGAAAACAGCAGUGAAGGUGCUGUAUUGAAGCCAUGGAGUUGUAUUAUUUGCCACAAAAGUUUUGACAAUCCUUUUGCAAUGAGUGGCCACACUGGACAUUGCAAACGUAGGCUUAAAAACGAAAGGAUCUGUCGUACUCUCACUGAUUUAAAAGAACAUUUGCAAGUAGUGGAUAGGUAUAAAUGUGAAAUAUGUCAACAAAAAUUUGCAUCAGUGAAGGGUAUGAAAUUGCAUAAAUCUCGUGUGGGGCAUAAUCAUGAUUUGAAAGAGAAUGAAAAGCAUUUAAACUUGAAUACACCUGUGGCACAAUUACAAGACCUCCAGAAAUUUGAAGAGAAACUUCGAAACAAUCCUCAUACACCAAUUCCCAACAAAUGCACGGCCAGUCAGUAUGUGAAACCAAUUAAGAACUCAAACACUGAUUUUUCACGAGUAUUACCAUCCAGAAGUAGAAAUGUUUAUAGCUGUGAUUUAUGUAGUUUGCGAUUUUCUAAUGGUUUAAAAUUGCAAGUUCAUGCAUUACAACAUAGAAAACAAACACACUACUUAAAUUCAUUGAAAGGGAAGUUACCUCAAACAGCCUCAAAGAUAAAUGUAAAACAACGUUUUAGGAAAGGUUUACAAGAACAUUCUGGUCAAUGUGCAGAAGAUAAAUUGUAUCAGUGUAAUGAACGACCUGAAGCAUUUUAUGCUAGGCUUGGUAUCAAAACACAUUUGAAUGAACAUACAGGAACCAGACCUUAUAAGUGUGAAAAGUGUGGGAAUGCUUUCUACAAUAAAUGGUCUUUGGCUAGACAUAAAAAAUUACAUAAACUUGAAUACGUGUGUAGUCUUUGUGGAAUCUCCUUUAGCUUCAGUGAACAGUUAGAAAAUCAUAAGUGCUCUUUUACAAAGCCUGUUACUAUGAUUGAUGAAGCUUCUGAAUACUUACUUCAACCUCUUGAUUCAUUCAAUAUCAAUAGUUCCAAACAUAAUGAAAGACACCUGGAAGUAAAUAUAAAGAGUUCUACAGCUAAAACCAUAUGUAAGAAGAAUUCUUGUAAAAUUUGUGGGAAGACUAUGGCUUCUAGGAUUACUUUGAAAAAGCAUAUGUAUUUACAUAUUGGAAAAACUAAACAAUGUACUUUCUGUGAUAAAAAAUGCUCUUCUUCAUCCCGUUUAAAAGAUCACAUACGUGCUUGUCACACAUUUGAAAAACCAUACAAGUGUGACUUAUGUGAUAAAGCAUAUGCUUCAUCUAACACGCUCAGAAUACACAAACAAAAGAAACAUGGUAAUAAAAAAAACAUGAUAAAAGAAAUAUCUACUGAACAACAUUCAGCCACACAAGAAAAUUUGGUCAAACAACAAAAAAUGAGAAGUCAUCUUAUUAGAAAAGCAUUCAAAUGCAGUAAGUGCCCUGCCUUGUUAACUACUUAUGGCAACUUAAAAAGGCACCUAAUACGUUUUCAUUUGAAAGGGAAAAAGGAAGAAUCAGUAAACAUUUAUAAAUGUGAACACUGCGAAGCAUCAUUUCAUAUCAAUUCCUCCUUGAACAGACAUAUAAACCAAUUUCAUUCAAGAAAGGUUAAAGAUAUGUCAGCAUUUAAAUUUGUUUCCCCCACUAGUAAUGAAAAGGAUGUGUCAGAAGUAACUAUAACUAGUUCUAUAGCAGGAAAUCCUGGUAAUCAUAUCCUAGAUUCAGAAAAACCAUUUCAAUGUAAUUUGUGUGAUAAAUCCUUUUCUCUCUCAAGCCGUUUAAAAGAUCAUUUACAUUGUCACACACUUGAAAAACCUUAUCAGUGUCAUUUAUGUGAUAAGGCAUAUUGUAGUUCUGAUGCCCUCAGAGCUCAUAGAAAUCACAAGCACAAGUUAAAGGGAAAGGGAAUAGGAAAGCUAGUGCACCAAUGUGAUGAAUGCCAAACACAGUUCUCAACUUCAGGUUAUUUAUUGAGGCACAAAAACCGUUUUCAUUUGAAAAAUACGCAAACAGAGGCAAUAGAAGAAUACAAAUUUGAGCAGAGAGCAGCAUCAAUUCAAUUAAUUGAAUCUGUUCACCAGCACAAUGAUCUCAAGUCAGGAAACAUUGAAGGCAGUUUUGCAUCAAAAUCUUAUCCAGAAACAAAAUCUAUUGAGUGUAAUUACUGUACAGCAUCAUAUAACUAUUGUAAGAGCUUUGUCAAACAUCUUUUUCAGAAUCAUGGGAUAAAGGAAGUAGAAACACCAAAGCUGGAAUUUGAGGUUGAAUGUGAUGUGUGUCAUAGGUUUCUUCGGAAGGGUAAUCUCAAAAGACACAAACGUGAUGUUCAUAAUAUAGAGGAAUUAGAACAAGAUACAUCGGAAAAUAUACUUCCAGAUAAUAUACUCAGGCAUGUUCGUCAAAAAAAAACUAUCAGUAGCGCAUAUGCCUUAAAUUCUCAAUCUAAUCAUCAAUUUAAUAAAUGUGACACAGUAUUUAAUCAGAAUAAAUCUCUUGUAAAGCCCAAAGCUAGUGUUCAUGUGGAAAAUAAAAAGAAAACAUUUGAUAUUAAUCCCAGUAGAAAGUGUGGAAAAUCUUUUAAACAGCUUCAAAACAUGGAAGAGCAUAUGCUCACACAUUGUAAUCCAACUUCUUUAUUUCACUGUGACAUUUGUUCUUUAUCUUUUCAGACAUUGAAUGAUUUAAAGAAUCAUAAGCAAAGUCACAAAUGUAAAUCAUCCUUAAGAAUCGUAGAAUCAAAAAGUAAAGAACUAGUUUCAAAAAAGCACAAAUGUGAUAUAUGUAAUAAGUUGUUUUCAAGAAAGGAUGCAGUGAAUCGGCAUAAGAAGAUCCAUGAAAAUGUAUUCCCUUAUAAAUGUGAAAUAUGUGAAAAACAGUAUUAA